AUGGCUCUUCCCCUCGGCAAGCUCACUCUCAUCGUUGGUGCAGGCCUUGUUGGGUCAAUUCUUGCUAAGGAAGGACGCAUAUCUGACGUGUCUGGUUUUUUCUCUGGUACUUUUAAGAUUUUGAAGAAACUACAGCGAGAUGAUCCAACCACUUCAAAUGCCAAACCAAAGAAUGAUUCUUUGUUGCGACAGGUUAAUAGCUUGAGGGAGGAGCUGCAACUGUUGGCAUCAAGUAGAUCUGUUACAAUUGUUACAUCAAACACUUCAGGAUCUGGAAAAUAUGGUGUAAUUAUUGUCGUUGUAGUUGUCGGGUUUGGCUAUAUUUGGUGGAAGGGUUGGAAAUUAUCUGAUAUGAUGUUUGCAACCAGGCGUGGCUUAAAUGAUGCAUGCGCUUCUGUAGGCAAACAGCUUGAGGGUGUCUACUCUUCGAUUUCGGCGACUAAGCGGCAUUUAUCUUCAAGAAUUGAUCAUGUAGACUGUAAAAUUGACGAGUGUGUGGAUAAUUCAACUGCAACUAAAGAAGAGGUUUCUGAAUUACGAGGAGAAGUGAAACUGAUAGGUGCAGACGUCCAGUCAGUUCACCAUGUAGUGCGAUCUCUGGAGACAAAAAUUAGUAGGAUAGAGGGGAGACAGAAUGAAACGAAUUUUGGAGUUGGAAAGUUGGUUGGUUUUGUGAGAAAUCUUGAAAGCAACAGAACUGUGGAGCAAAUUGAGGGAGCUACGUCAAAUUCUUCUCGCCCUGCUCUUGAAUUGCCACUAGUGUCUCCAUCAAGGGCUGUUUCUUUACCUGCCAAUUCAUCAAUCGAGCCACCUUCACCCUCUGACAAAUCUAACAAGCACCCUCUGCAAAGUACUAUCUCUGGCUCGGGGUUGAAGGAUCUUUAUGAAAUCUCGGAUGGAGUCAGAGUAUCAAGCCUUGGCACCCCUCGGGUUUCAAAUGGGGUUCAUGCAUCGGAAGAUACAAAGAAUGAAAUUCCCGGUUCUGGUCUGUUUGGGAGAACGUUUUCUGGCAUCAGUGCCUCUUUCCUUAAAAGAAACUGCAGUGUGAAGCCGUCUUUUAAGUAG